CAGUUUCUUGCGCUUCUGUUAAAAGCCUACACGCUUCUCCUCGCUUUUGCGUCAUUAGGGUAUUUCCGUGCUUUUUUGGAGGGGUGGGACGGCCAAGCGAAAAGCAUGGGAAAGCGACACCGCCGUGUUGCGCUGAGCUGUUGCGGCACGUAAACGCUUCAGUCGGAAAGAAAUUACAAUUGUUAUAAAUCAACUUAUUUGCUUUUACAAGGCCGGAAGCUUUCAAGGUUACACGGCUCAGUGAAUACGUCUGGCGGAUUUCGGAUACAGAAAAAAUGGAUGUGCUGUGUAACUGGGGUCUGACCACCAUGAGCCAAGGCCCCCCUUUUCUGGAGAUCAUUGAGCAGCCCAAGCAGAGAGGCAUGAGAUUCAGGUACAAGUGUGAGGGCAGAUCAGCAGGAAGCAUCCCAGGAGAGAACAGUAAUGAUACCACAAAGACUCAUCCUGCCAUUAAGGUGCAUAACUACACUGGUCCUGUCCAUGUGAGAAUCUCCUUGGUAACUAAGAACCACCCCUACAAGCCACACCCCCAUGAGCUGGUUGGCAAGGACUGCAAACAUGGCUUCUAUGAGGCCACACUGCAGGACAGACGUGUGCACAGUUUUCAGAACCUGGGAAUACAGUGUGUGAAGAAGAAAGACGUGAAUGAUGCCAUUUCCUGCAGGCUCCAGACACAGAACAACCCUUUUAAAAUACCGGAGGCGGAGGUGUGGGCGGAAGAGUUUGACCUGAACGCAGUACGGCUCUGCUUCCAGGCCUCCAUCACUCUGCCGAACAGCCAGCUGUACUCACUGCAGCCUGUGGUGUCGCAGCCCAUCUAUGACAACAGAGCCCCUAACACAGCAGAGCUGAAGAUUUGCCGAAUUGACAGGAAUGCUGGGAACUGUCGAGGCGGGGAUGAAGUCUUCCUACUUUGUGAUAAAGUUCAGAAAGAGGACAUUGAAGUGCGAUUCUUCAAAGACUCCUGGGAGGACAAGGGCUCUUUCUCUCAGGCCGAUGUUCACCGGCAGGUGGCCAUCGUCUUCCGUACCCCUCCCUACAGCAACCCCAAUCUGGCCGAGCCUGUGCGGGUCCAGAUCCAGCUGCGGCGCCCCUCUGACCGUGAGGUCAGCGAGCCUAUGGACUUCCAGUACCUGCCUGUGGAGCCAGAUGAGUACAGGGUGAUGGAGAAAAGAAAACGCACGGAAGGAAUGUUUCAGAAUUUGAAGUUGGGCAACGUUGUGUCUGGACCCACUGCCGGAGAAAGGAGGGCCAUCAACAUUGCCAGAAGAACAGUGACGUCCAAGCCACAUCUGUCCUCCAGGGGGCAGCCAGUAAAUCCAGUGGUUCCUAAUGUCCCAGUUCAAGUGCAGGUCCAGGCCCAAGCACAAACACUGUUCAGCUCCCAGCCAGGGCAUCUGUUCUCUGCUCAACCCAAAGCUGAGGCCACACCCUCCACUGAAUCCUGGCAAUUCCAGAACAAUCUUCCCUUGGCAUCUCAAAACAAGGCUGCCUCAGUGUCCAGCUUCUCCUCCCCUGCCCCAACUACAGACCCUGCUUCUGCACCCACCCAGAAGUACCACACUGUGAACCUUACCGACCUCUAUGAGUUCAGCUUCACUGGCUUCUCCAAUAGCCAGGAGUCGGCGCGUACCACUGCUUCUGUGACCAGGGGUGUAGACAGCUUGAGUGGAUCAAGGGUAUGGGGAGUGGCAGCUCCGACAGAACCCACCACCUCCUUCGGCAUGCUGGCCCCGCAGUUUAGGGCAGAUUCACAGCUGUGCCCAGAAGAGGACCUACCUGAAUUUCCCAGCCUUACUGAUGGCCAGGUGUCUAGCACACUGGACAGCAUCAACACGGAGGACUUCCAGGCCAUGCUGAGUCAGAGUGGACAGGCAGGGGAUGUGGUAGGUUCCUGCAUGGUGACCAACAUGACACCCCCAAGAACCAGCUCCAGUGCCACUGACUCUUUGGCUAACCACAGUAGCUGCAGAAGCACUUGGAUGAACUACCCUAGCAGCAUAGUCACUCUCCUGGAGAACGAGGGUAUGAUGGAUGGCCCCUCGGCCACAGUCAGCCUUUCAGGGCCCCAGGAUGACCUGGCUGGCAUGAGCUCAAUGGAUGAAGAGCAUCUCAUGUCCAUGUUUAACAACGGAACCCCGGCAUGCUUUAUGUCAGGGCACCCGACCUAAACGUCCAGCUAUCACGCCAAACUUCUAAGCACUUCAAACAGAGAUGAAAGCGGAGGACUGGACAGACUACAGCAGGACAUUCAACUUGGUCUUUUCUCUGCAAGCAGGCCCCACACUGUGCUGGAAUGGGGGAGCAGAGUUUAGUAUAUUGAUUAGUACAGAUAAAGAUGGCUGCAAUAUGUAGUCAGGGUUUUUUUUUUUACAGUGUAUUAAUGUAGUGCUCCAUGUGAAGAACUGAUUGUUAAUUUGCAUACAAACAGCUCUGGACAAAAACUAAUCAGUUUUUAUGUAGCAUAGAAGCGAGCUACAGUUGUGAGUAAUGUAUCGAUCCCUGCAAUGUAGCUACAUCCUUAAAUGGCUGCACAACCCAUCUGACCCCAAACUGCCUUUUAGCAGUGCUGGUUUGACAUGGACUGAACAUUUUACUUAACAGGAUGUGUGCAGAGGUGGAUAGUUCAGGUCCAGAAAGUGAAUAUCCAGACCAAGAUUUUCAACCAACCAGUUGAGUACAGUCAUAGGGUGCGUUCGACUUGGGCUUAGGUCUGUCUGCAGCUGACGGGACGUGGAGCACGAUCUGCCUGCGGCUGCAGGGGUGGAGUAUAAACUGACUGAAGCCAAGUCAGACAACUUCUACUCCUCGUAGUCUGCGAGACCUAACUGCUAUGGCAGCACUGCCAAGGGUAUACAUAAAUCUAUGCAAAUAUCACCUGCAUGCACAUUCCUUCUUUCACAGUAACCAACUCCUGAUCUAAACUGUUAGCAGUGGAAAAAAAAUAUACUAUUGUGUAUAGUGGCCCUGUGUAAAAAGACAGCUGCCAGGAAAAAGAUCAAAUACAUAAG